AUGGAUAAGAUCAGCUUGGGCACUGUUGUUCAGGUAUGUGUAGCCAGACGAAGCAAUCCCCAACUUUUCAAUUCUUUGUUCAAACAACUGGUUCAUGACGUUGACUCCUAUGGCGAAGUGGCAGAAACUGAAGUGGUCAACGAUCUUCUUAAUCGGAUAGACCAAAAUGACAAUUCCAGCGACCUCAAACUUAACUAUCUGGUAGAAUUAUUAGUAGAAGGAGAUAGCGUCAAUAGUCAGAAUGGAGAGACCGAAAAUGACUCGGAUAUAGGAUUGAUUACUAUGCCCAAGCUGUUUGCUAAAUAUUUGCCGUUGUUGAGGCUGAACGAUCAGUACAUUGUAGUCAAUAAGAUCAGUAAAUCGAUCAACAAAGGGAAGUUCAAAAACUUUUACCAACAUGAAUACUGGAGCAAGGUACUGGGUGCAUUGAAUGUAUACAGCAAGUAUUUGGGCGGGAUCAUGGACAACCACUUUGUUGUAAUAAGAGUUUAUAACUCCUUUCUCAACUUGAUUGAUAAUCUGAUUGAUAAAUGUGAUAAUGGCGAAGAUAAGAAACAGUUUGAAAUAGUGAAGGAUAUAUUGGAUGGCAUCCAGGAUUGUAUUAGUGAACGUCAAGGUUUUGAAAUGAUUCGAAACCAGGUUCGAGCGAUUACGAAGAGAUUCACAGCUAAAUUUACAGGUAGAAAAGAAAUAAAGAAGACUAGGGUCAAUACGUUGAGAAUGGUCAGACUGAAAAAGCUAAUGUGGCUGGACUAUCAAGUUGUUACUAACUAUGCAUGCCUGAAAACUUUGGAUCAAAUGGUUCAGUUUUUGAAUGGAUUUACCAAGAUACUGAACGUUUCAGAAAACGAUCUUAGAAACGUUAAAGUUAGCAGCAGUAUUUUGUAUGAGCUUUUGAGUGGUUGCUUUGAGAGCAUUGACAUGCUCACUCCGGACAAAGAAAUGGAAAAGCUGGCACAUGAUGUCUGGUACCAUUUUAUCGUUGUUAAGGUGCCUUUACUGGUGCAGAAAGUGUUCCAGUUUAACCAAGAAACACUUUGGACCAUUAUGAACUCAUUUGAGACCACUUCUCUUCUUGUGAAAGAUCAUUUCGUGGUUUCAUGUGCGGCCAUGGAUCUCAUUAAAGCUGAAAAACUCAGCAGCUCUCAGUUAGAGAUAUUGAAUGAUAAACAUGACCUGUCUUUCAUACUAGAAACGCUCAGCAAUACCAACCCUGAGUUUGUAUCGGUGGAAGAAUGUGAAAUCUUAGUGAAUUUAGAGAGAAGCUUUCCCUCAUAUGAGCACCAUCGUAAUUAUGAAUGCAAGUUACAAUUUCUGAAUGAGUUUGGCAUGCUAUUGGAAAAGUUCAUAUCGUCUAAUGAUACCUCCAGAUUAAAUCGUCUGUUAAUCAGCUGUUUGGGUAAUGAACGUGUGAUGGAGUCGUUUUUACUUUACCAUUCCCCAUACAUUGUUUUAAGAAAACUUGUCACGUAUGCUAGUAAAUGGGACAUAGAUUCUUUAUCUUUCAACAGCAACAAUACCAAUACUAACGAUAGCACCACAAUAGACGCGGACUACGCUAAUAGCAUUAUGGAUGAUGACGAUAAUUUACAGUACUUCUAUUUUGAGUUCAACAUUCUGCUGCUAGCCAUGACCUAUAUAUACCAACAUUUUAACCUAAAAAUGAAUCAUGUUGUGUCUUCCAUAAAAGGGGCAAACAGACCAGACACAGUUUCGUUUGUCCUAAAGUUUAUUUCGUCUCUACAACCAAAUUAUGCUAAAGUGUCUUACGAUGAUGAUUUGAUUAACGAAUGGGUUAACUGUCUAUUCUUGAGAAACCCACCUUCGGGGCACGCUGAAACCGGAAUUUCGGACAGUUUGAUCAAACGUACAAGCAUUGCUCGUAUGUUAAGAAUUUGUCCUCAAAUUCUCAAAGAAAGCAUCACAUGUGUACAUUACAAAUUGAUCAACUUUGAUGAUCACAUCAACAACGCUUUAGAGCUCAUAGUACAACCGUUUCUCAUCUUAACAAUACUUCCAUUCUUAGCUAACAGCAAGGAAAUUCAAAUCCGUUUGUCCCGGCUGGAGCAUACCAAGGAACAGGGAUUGUUAAAAGACACUUACCACACCCUCCUGAAGAUUUUAUCAUUUCUUAUUGACGAGAAAAACUCGAACGAUGGAAACGAAGGAAAGAUCAUGCAUAAAGUGAUAUUUGGCAUUGUCUCAAAUGAUGUCUAUCAGAUGAUUGCCUAUAUACACGAUAAGGUUGAACUUCGGGAGGACAAAGUUAUCCAAGAGUUUAUGGAACGGCACCGUCAAGUGAAAACAAUUGAGUCGAAUUUUGCAACAAACAAAGGUACACCUUUUGAAAUUGUAGACCAAAAUCUUUCACAACUCAUAACCUGGUCUCAAAACAAAGAUGCACAAGCAGGUGGGUUUUGUUUACAUCAAUGCAUCAUCAGAGUGAUCAACUCAGCAUUAGAGGAGAGUAUUAGUUACCCAGAAACUUCGAACAUUACCCAAAUGAAAAAAGAACUAUUAGGACUUGUUACCGAGCUUGUAGUUGGCAGAUAG